CUCAUCACAUGAUUUUGGUGCCAAGAUCACCUGACUACACACGGGUCCUUUCCAUUUUUGUGCGUUUGUACGUUUUCGGGACGUUACACACAAUUAGCAUGUUUUGACUGUUUUUAUAUGGCUAAGAUAAUACUGUUUCCUUUCAUGUAGAGUACGCUUCAAUUCUGAAUCCUUUUUCACGAGACGCACGCAACAGAAUGGCGUCUUUGUAGACUCCAGAAAGCUAGCGUUACCUUGUUAGCUAAUAGCUAGUCCAGUCAUUAUGCCACCGCAUGAUCCGACUUUGUAGCUGUUAAGUUAGCUGUUAAGUUAGYUUCUCUGCUGUAUAUCACCCCUACGUUUUGCAAUGUCUUCUAUCCUGGAUGAAUACGAAGACUCGCAGAACAGRAGGCACCCUGUGCAACACAGUAGCCGCCUGUCUGCUGCCAACAUCGGRAUAACYCAUUCAGGGUUUGUGAAUGUGAGACUCGAAGAGGAGAAGCCGAUAUUCAACAAACAGAGGAUUGAUUUCUCACCCCCAGAGAAGAUCAACCACUUUGCUGUCUGCAACAAUCAGCUAUGCAUGAGUUUAGGGGAGGACACUCUUCUGAGGAUUGACCUUGCCAAGCCAGACCAGCCCAACCAGAUAGAACUGGGGAGGAAGGAUGACAGCAGAGUACACAAGCUCUUCCUGGACCCCACAGGUGAGAACCGGGAAGCUCUUCCUGGACCCCACAGCUAUUUUGUGAAGUACACCAGUCCUCCUGCAGACAAAGAACACCCCCACAACAGGGAUGCUGCCACCACCGUGCGUUUGCACAGUUGGAGACGGACAGAGACCAACACUGGGCCCAUCCUAGUGGGAACCAGCCAGGGAAUCAUCUUCGAGGCUGAGAUCUCUGCUUCAGAGGGAAGCCUGUUUAACACCAACCCUGACCAGUACUUCAAACAGGUGAGCAGAGAGCUGCUGCCCAGCUUCCAGGAGUUUCCGUUUAACAUGGGCUACAGUGAGAUCACCUUCUACACCUCCAAGCUCAGGUCCUGCCCCAAGGCCUUCGCAUGGAUGAUGGGUAAUGGAGUUCUCUACGGUCAGRUGGACUACAUCAGGCCGGACUCAGUGCUCAGUGAUGUGCAGGUGUGGGAUUACACCCCAGACAUAGACUUCAGUUUCAACAAGCCCAUCUCCAUCGUGUUGACUCAGUUUCACUUUCUACUCCUCGCUACUAGUGACCGUGACGUUACGUUUUUUGUUGUUGUUGUUGUUCAUCCUCAAUCCAGAUACCACAUCCAGAGAGAAGCCAGGGAUGUGUGGCAGAUGUACAUGAGCAUGAACAAGUUUGACCUGGCUAAGGAGUACUGCCGGGACCGGCCAGAGUGCAUUGACAUGGUGCUGGCUAAGGAGGCAGAYCACUGCUUCCAGAACAAACGUUACUUGGAGAGUGCUAAGUGUUACGCGCUGACCCAGAACUACUUCGAAGAGAUUGCUUUGAAGUUUAUCGAGGCAAAACAGGACGAGGCUCUGAAAGAGUUCCUGCUGAAGAAACUCAAUAAUUUAAAACAGAGUGAGAAGACCCAGAUCACCCUACUCGUCACUUGGCUGACUGAGCUCUACCUGAACCACCUGGGGCUUCUAGAAUCAGACGAGGGGAAACWWGAGGUGUUCCAGGAGACGCGUGAUGAGUUCCGGAAGUUCCUCAGUAGRUCCAAACACAAGGAGUGUCUCUAUAACAACCGUACGACCAUCUAUGACCUGCUGGCUAGCCACGGCAACGUGGACGACAUGGUCUACUUCUCUGUCAUCAUGCAGGACUACGAGAGGGUGAUCUCUCACCACUGUCAGCAUGAUGACUAUAGCGCCGCCCUGGAGGUGCUCUCUAAGCACUGCGACGAGAAGCUCUUCUAUAAAUUCUCCCCAAUCCUCAUGCAACACAUACCUAAGAAGGUGGUGGAUGCCUGGAUCCAGAUGGGUAGUAGGCUGGAGCCGAAGAAGCUGAUCCCGGCCCUGGUCAACUACAGUCAGAUGGGUUCYACACAACAGGUCAACGAGACCAUCCGUUACAUGGAGUUCUGUGUUUACCAGCUCACUGUGACCGAAGAGGCCAUACACAACUACCUGCUGGCCCUCUACGCCAAGUACAAACCUGAUAGUCUCUUGUGGUACCUGGAACAGGCUGGUACCCACGCGUCAGACAUCCACUAUGACUUAAAGUACACCCUGAGGCUGUGUGCUGAACACGGUUACCUCCAGGCCUGUGUCCUGGUCUAUAAGAUCAUGGAGCUGUAUGAGGAAGCUGUCGAUCUGGCCCUACAAGUGGAUGUGGACCUGGCCAAGUCAUGUGCUGACCUGCCUGAGGAUGAUGAGGAGUUGAGGAAGAAGUUGUGGCUGAAGAUCGCUCGUCACGUGGUGCAAGAGGAGAAGGAUGUGAAGAAGGCCAUGAACUGUCUGUCCAGCUGUAACCUGCUCAAGAUKGAAGACAUACUGCCCUUCUUCCCGGAUUUUGUCACCAUAGACCACUUCAAGGAGGCUAUCUGCAGCUCUUUAGAGGAGUACAACCAGCACAUAGACGAGCUGAAGCAGGAGAUGGAGGAGGCGACGGAGAGCGCCAAGCGGAUCAGAGAGGACAUCCAGGAGAUGAGGAACAAGUACGGGGUGGUGGAGAGRCAGGAGAAAUGUGCUGCCUGCGACUUCCCCCUCCUCAACAGACCCUUCUAUCUGUUCCUCUGUGGUCACAUGUUCCACUACGACUGCCUCUUCCUGGAGGUGAGCCCUCACCUGUCCACCUACAAGCAGACUAAACUAGGUGAGCUGCAGAAGAAGCUGGCUGCAGCCACUCAGACCUCCAAGUCUCGCCACCGCCCCUCCCCCAAGGAGAAGGAGGGGGGCGACACUGCCAGCCUGGGCAAAGAAAGUGCUGGAGUCAGCCGUGAGCAGAUCAAGUCAGACAUUGAUGACAUCAUCGCGUUUGAAUGUGUGUACUGCGGCGAGCUGAUGAUCAAGUCGAUCGACAAGCCUUUUAUUGAUCCACAGAAGUUGGAGGAGGAGAAGUCCAGCUGGCUCUGAGUUAAAUGGUUGGCAGCUUGGAGCUGAAAGGAACUAGGUCUGAAAUGGACUGCCUGAUAUGAGGUGGGAAAAUUUGACUGAAAAUGGUCUGAAAUUUGUGAAAUGGGCUUUAACUGUCUGAACCGAUGAGAGGUGAAAUAGACUUGUCUGAAWUGCACAGCAUGUGCUGUCUGAAAUGGAACCGACCGGUGUGUACACUAUAGGCCAGGAAAUCAGCUGUUAUUCUCUUUGAUAAUGGGAUGUACAGCCACAGCUGCACAGUGCCUGGCGAUGGAUACUCAUAGGAGUGGGGAAGAAUGCAGGCGCUCCUAUAUAAGCCCUUAUCCCCUAUGCGUCUCUGUAACAUGAUAUAUUCUACAGACUCUCUCUGCGAAGCUUAGAAAAACUGCACUAUGUCGGGAUCACACACAUUGCUUUAUUAAACAUUACAAGAUCAGUUCACUAUCUUUUACACUCAUCUGUCUAAAUUAACAAAUUAACUUGUGAACUUUUCUCUGAAAUUGAAUGCAUAUUUAUAAAUCUUCACUGGUAUUAGUUAGUUCCACUGGCUAUUGACAUGAAUAGUACUAUAAAAGGUAUGUAAAGAACUACAGUUUUUGUUAUUAGUGUCCUUUAUGAAAACUUUCUUCACACCUGUUUCAUUGGCUGACAGUUUAUUKUGUUGUGACAUCAUCUGAGAUCAGGUCAAUGUAACCCACUUUGGUUUGCAAAAUGCARAUAUGAAAAUUAAACUAAUCUUUAAUUCUG